AUGUUGGGAUCAUGGGAAUUCUCUGCUUCUUUCUGUGUCGGUCGCAGUCGUGGAUGUGAAGUGAGUAUCUCAACGUCAGAGGAGACGCGGACGGUUAGUAAACGUCACGUUGGAUUUGUUCCACUGACAGAAACAUUAGCAACUACUGGAUAUCGUAAACGACGAUGGCUUGUAUAUGAUUUAGAGACAAUGAAUGGAACAGCAGUGAAUGAAGUCGAGAUUCCAACUGGAGGCAAUCGAGAACUUCAAAAUGGGGAUGAGGUCGUACUUGCUUCGGCCAUGAGGCAGUGUGUACGCCUAUUGGUUCAGUUUUCCGAUGAAACGCAUUCGCGUAUUGUUGUAAAAGCAUUGGCACGCUCAAUUACACCUUCGCCUGCGCCCUUACACCGUCGGGCGACGACUAAUCGACCACACUUACGAUACUCACCUCGACGGCUUGUGAUGACCAAUGCGUCAGAAGAUGUGACAGGUCUUGGACGAUCAGCGCUUACGGUUACUGGUACUCCGGCGUUUACGAGGACGGGAGUAUGUCAAUCAGAAGCACAGACAUCACGAAGUGAUGCAGGCAUGAUGACUCCGCCACCGCAGAGUCUCUCGCAGAAACGAAGUCGUGUUAGUGUGAGGAAGGCAGCAGUUAACAAUGAGAAUGUUGAGAUGGACAAAAAACAGGAUACACCAACUAGUCAGCUGAGGAAACGCUUACGACGUGGCGGAGAGAUUAGUGAAACAGCAGCAGUAGUUCAAGAAGAUGGCAGUACUGCUACGAAAAGAGCUCGAGAGUAUGAGAAAGAAGAGAGGGAGCGACUAAUGAUGUGCCCCGUAUGUCUGGAAUACUUUCACGGCAGUGCAACGUUGCCGUGCUCGCACACAUUUUGCGGAUACUGUAUUAGCAGCUGGUUCCGCAACGCACUGUCAUGUCCCGAGUGCCGUGACGUCGUAAAGACGGUUCCUGUGCGCAACCGUGCAUUGGACGAGCUAGUGGAACGUUUGGUAGGGCAUACCGAAGCCUACAAGUCUCAUGUACGUCGUCGAGCGCGAAUGCAACGACAAUCCGUUGUAUCACGUCGUUGUGAGCGUGGGAGAAACAACUACAUGGACGUCUCUGAAGGAGCUACUCGUGGUGAAGGUGGUCCACAGCUUGGUAGUACUGCUAUCCAUGAGCUUCAAAUACGCGCCAAUGUGUUUACUCGUUGGUCAGUUAAAGACAAACUCGCGUUUGCUGCAUACAUCAAGAAUCAGUUUGGUGAGACGCGCUUGGCUACUUGCAAGAAAAUUGGACUCACGGAAAUUACAGUGGAUCGGUCCAAUAUGACGGAAUUGAUCGUUGCUGCACAGAAUCUGCUGUUAGAUUACAGUGGUACUCGAAUGGUAGGUGACGAGUGUUGCCAGCGACUGAAGAUCUUUUUGUUUUACGGCUGA